AUGGCCAGCAGCGGUGUUGAAGGACUCAAAGGUACUUGGGAUUAUGUUGAUGGUGAAAAUUUUGAUAGUUACAUGAAAGAAAUUGGUGUUGGAUUUGCAACACGUACGCUUGCUAAAGGAAUCAAACCUCGUCUUGUCAUUAGUGAAGCUGAUGGUAAAUGGACCGUACGAUCAGAAAGUUCACUUAAAACAGUUUCAUACGAUUUUACACCUGGUGUUGAAUUCAAUGAAACAACACCUGAUGGACGUGAAGUUACAUCGACAAUUAGUUUCGAAGGUAACAAAUGGGUUCAUACAUCAGUUGAUAAAAGUGGAAAAAAAUCAGUUGUAACACGUUAUAUUGAUGCUGAAGGUCAACAAAUGAUUGAUAUGGAAUGUGGUUCAACUAAAGCUCGUCGUUGGUAUAAACGUGCUUAA